AAACAAUUUGAAAAACAUUUUUUAUUUCUUCCUUCCAUUAUGUGACCUCACUUGCAAAUGUCUUUCAUACAUGAAGGAGAAUCCGAAGUGGUCAUCCGUCAGCUGAUUCGUAGAUGUGUUGAAGAUUCAGUGGGCUGUCCUCUUUUUUAAUUGUCAACUGGGCUACCCAUAGAGUGGCAAGAAUAUCCUUGCUGCUGUCCUCAUUAGAGUUAGUUUCAUUCCAUUUUAUAUGGUGUCUUCACUAAGUGUUUCCAGGGAGGAUUAUUGUUUAGAGGUUUCUGAUUAUUUUUCUCUUGUCAUUACUUGAAAAAAGAAAAAGAAAAAAAAAUGAAGGUUGAAAGGAUCAAUAAAUUCUCCAGUCUCCUUCCCCCCCAUCCUCCCCGCAGCUCUCUUCCCCCUCUCAUCCUGGCCACUACUUGGGUCCCUCCUCCUGAAGGCUUCUUAAAGAUCAACGUCGACGCAGCUGUCAGUGCCUUCGGGUGUUUGUCUGGGCUCGUUUUUCGUGGGUCAGACGGGCAUGUGGUGUUGGCGAUCGAGUCGCAGCAUCAAGGGAUAGUCAACCCUUAUUUGGCUGAGCUGCUAACGUUCAAGGAUGCUAUCUCCUUUGUGGCCUCAAGAUCCUUGACCCAUGUGAUAAUCGAAGGUGAUUCUGAAGUGGUCGUCAACCAAGUCCGUCAAGGCGUCUCAGAAGAUUCGAUUGGUGGUCCGGUGCUUCGAGAGUGUUUGCAGAUCCUUAGCUCUUAGUCUGUUUGUAUAGAGUUUAGGGCGGUACCUAGAUCCGCCAACAGUGCUGCCCAUAGAGUGGCGCGUAAAGCACUGCUUUUGUCUCUUGUAGAGCUAGAAUCUUUUGAUUUCUUGGGGUGGCUUCUUUAAAGUGUUUUAGGGGUCCUAGGGUAGAAUUGUAAGCUUAACUAUUUUCUUUCAUUGAUAUCACUCAGAAAUAAAAAAAGCCCGAUGAGUGAUGAAUGAUGGAUACUCUUGAUGUUGAACACUAACUACACAGUUCAAAUCCAAUAUAGAUAAUAUAUUUAAUGUGUUCCG